AUGACUUGUAUAAAUGAGAAGCUGGCGGUGGUGCAGGCUUGCAUUGGACUGUUCCAAGAACCCUGGACGGUCCAAAACAAAGUUAAAGGGGUUGAUUUACGACGCGGCAAUCUGUAUUACAGCAACCGAGUAAACCAUAAGAUUAGGACUUGCAUAUAUGUCUCUAAGGACAUUAAUGCAAUGUUCCUUCCUCAAUACUCCACUGGAGAUUUAGUGGCGGUUAAAGUGGAGAUAGAGACUGCUCGUGGGAGAGGGGAGCUGGUCCUUGUCUCGGCUUACUUGCCAUAUGACGCGACUGAUUUGCCACCUUCUCGAGAGCUGGCAGAUCUGGUCGCGGCGUGUGGGAUGAACUCAUGGGAGCUCCUCGUUGGUGCUGAUGCCAAUGCUCAUCACAUUGCAUGGGGUAGCAGUGGCGUUAAUGCGCGGGGGGAGUCUCUCUUGGGUUUUAUCUGCACGAACCAACUGCAGGUUAUUAAUGCAGGUGACAAGCCCACUUUCGUUGACAGACGGAGGAAGGAAGUCAUUGAUAUCACAUUUGGAUCGGUUCUUGCAGCUGAGCUAGCUGCAGGUUGGCAUGUGUCGGAUUGUCUGACUAUGUCUGAUCAUAGAAGGAUUUAUUUCGACAUUUCGGCUCCAACCAAUAUUCCGAGGCCAUUCCGCAACCCUCGGAAAACUAACUGGUUGAAUUUCAAUCGGCUACUUUCCGAGGAGUGGCGGGACAAUGGGUGUGCGCCUAAAAAUGCUGAGGGCAUUGAAGACUCAGUUAACAAACUGAACUCGGCUUUGCUAUCGGCUUAUGAAAAAGCCUGCACAUUAAUUACUCACUCAGGUGGGAAUAGAGAAGCGGCUAGGAUUAAAAAGGUUCUAUCCAAGGAACCCUCAGAGCGGCUUGGCAUGCUGAGAGCUCCUAGCGGAGUCUAUACAGAUUCCGCGGAGCAAGUUACACGUCUCUUGCUCGAGACACACUUUCCUAACUGUCAAAUAGACGGUGUGGAACCACUUAAUGAACAACCCGAAAUUUAUUCGGGGAGUAGAGGUGAUUGGGAAAAAGCUUCUGAAAUUGUCUCAUGUGAAGGUGUGGCAUGGGCAAUUGGCGGUUUCUCACCCUACAAAACAGCUGGUACGGAUGGUAUAUUUCCGGCAUUGCUUCAGCAAGCUGCAGAUAUAAUCACUGUACCGCUAAGAAACCUAUUUAGGGCGUGUCUUGCCAUCGGGUAUGUACCACAUGACUGGAGGCGGGCACGGAUAGUAUUUAUACCAAAACCAGGCAAAAGCAAUUACGAGGAACCCAAGUCCUUCAGGCCAAUUAGUCUGACUUCGUUUUUGCUCAAAACCCUGGAGAAACUUUGCGAUAGGUAUGUUAGGAGUCGGAUUCUUAUAAAGAAGCCCUUGAGUCCUAUGCAACAUGCCUAUCAAAGAGGAAAAUCCACAGAAUCGGCUCUUCAUCAAUUGGUGAGUCGAAUCGAAAAGUCAAUUUGUGACAAAGAAAUGGCUCUUGUCGCUUUCUUGGACAUAGAGGGAGCCUUUGACAGGGUUAACUCUGCGGUCUUGGUUGGGGCGAUGAGAGAAUUUGGUCUAGGCCAAACCCUAGAAAAAUUCAUCACUAACUUAGUGAAAAAUCGCAUGGUGGAGGCGGAGGUCUGUGGGUCUCGCCUGUCGGCAGCUGUGAGCAACGGUUGUUCACAGGGUGGCGUGCUGUCUUCCCUUCUAUGGACCAUGGUGGUGAACAGCUUACUGGUUCAACUGAACUCUGCUAAUGCUUACACACAAGGAUACGCCGAUGACGUCUGUAUUGUCAUACGGGGUAAAUUUUUAUCUACGCUCUGUGAACUAAUGCAAAGAGCACUAACAAUUGUCGAAGAAUGGUGUGGUUCUAGCGGUCUUAGGGUUAACCCUGACAAGACCGCUCUCAUCGUUUUCUCAAGAAAAUCAUGGGGUCUGUCGCCGAAAAUCACACUAUGGAUGUAUCAAGCCAUAGUUAGACCUCUGAUCUCAUACGGAGCUGUGGUAUGGUGGCCUAGAGUUGAAUAUAAUAAUUCGGCUCGGGCACUACAGCGGCUUCAGAGAUUAGCCUGUCUUGCAAUUACAGGAGCCAUUAGAACAGCACCCACUGCUGCUCUGGAGGUUAUGCUAAGCUUGCCUCCACUUCCGCUCUAUAUUAAAGCGGAGGCGGGUAUGGCAGCAUUUAGACUGCGCACAGCAGGUACAUGGAAGGUUGGCUGCCACCCAGUGGGACAUGUGCGUAUCAUGGACUCACUUGUUCGAAGGCAUCCUGACCUUUUAAUGAGGGAUGAUUUCCAGUUGGAGGAAAGAUUGCCUCAAAAGAACUUUAGACCUAUACUUCACACAAGGGCUGAAUGGAGAGAGCACGCGGGUGAGAUUAUUGAGCCCGGUACAGUUGCACUCUUCACUGACGGCUCACGUGUAGAAGAGUCCUCAGGUGCCGGGUACCACUGUCCAGAACUUGAACUUGGUGGGUCGGUGCCUCUUGGCCGAAAUACCACGGUAUUUCAGGCCGAGGUCACGGCAAUCCUGGUUGGAGUACGGAGUCUGAUUGAGGCUGGUAUCUCUGACCGGCGAAUAAACAUAUUUUCUGACAGCAAAGCUGCUUUACUAUCCAUUUCAGGAUAUAACUCCCGCCCUUCGUUAGUGCUUGAGUGCCGGAAAAUUAUAGAAAUGGCCUCGCUUAAUUGCGAGAUCACUCUCCAUUGGGUGCCUGGGCACUGCGGAAUAGAGGGUAAUGAGGAGGCGGACCGCCUCGCAAUGGUGGGAGCGAAGACCGAAUUUAUCGGUCCGGAACCCGCUGUUGGAGUAUCCCCCCAAACAAAAAAAACCAUCAUCAAGAUGGAUUUACUCACACAACACCAAACGGCCUGGUCUGCUACUAGAAAUUGCCGUGUGUCCAGACUGUUUAUGCCACAAGUGAACAGUAAAAGGACAGAGUACCUGGUGGGCAGUAAGCGCUGCAAAGCCAGGCAACGGCGAACUAGCGAGGACAUGAGGAUGGUGGUUGAUGGUGUGGCUGAGGCUGGAAUGGCGGCUGGAGCUGAGUGGAGCUGGAUGGCGCAUGGAUGGAGCUGUUCGCCGCCCCCGAAUUCUAAUCUAAUCUAA